UUUUUGUAACAACUAAUCCAAUCAUUAUGCAAAAAAUUAACUUAAAACAUACAAUUAUUAAAAGAAAUUAAAAAUAUAUAGUUCUAAUUUUUUAGCAAUGAAUAAUUUUUAAAUCAUUUUCUUGGGAACCAUGGCGGUCGAUAGAAGGCGACCAAAAUCUUGCUGUUGAACUUGUCAGUUGACUUCUUCGAGGAGAGAGAGCGCUUCUGGAUCUCGAAUUUUUGCUUCACUACCGCUUUACUGUGGCACUGGCUCAAGAUGGAUGAAGCAGUUUCAGAUAGAUAUCGCUCUUUCAAGGAGAAAUAUGACCUUGCUGUUAGCGUGGAUGACAUCUUCCAAGAUCUUCAGCAACAAGCAAAAAAACUCUUUACCAAGGAGGUAGAUAUAAGUAAAUUGAUUAGUAGUCACUUAGCUACAAGAAAGAAGCAUGAAUAUGGUACUUGGCUGGAUGAUGUCAAAAAAAUAAAGCGGGAUUUUGAGGAUAUAAAAGAAAGAUACAUGAUUUCGUGCGAACAUGGCCAAAGACUUGUAAAUUUACCUAGUAUUGUGAAGCUUUGUGAAGAGAUGAAAAAAGUAACUGAGGCAAUUGUUGCUCUUAAAGACAGAAUGGAACCUGAAAUCACCUUGCCGAUGAGCAACAGUCUCUCUGAAAAGAAGCCUGUGAACGAAUUGGAUGACAUGGAUACAUUUCAUGAUGUUGUAGAAAAGUUGUUGGGUUACUUGAGUGAUGACAGUAUAAAGAGUAUUGGGAUAUGGGGUAUGUCUGGAGUUGGCAAAACAACAAUAAUGGAAAACCUGAAAUACAAGGUUGAAAAGAAUGGCAUGUUUGACAUUGUAAUAUGGGUGACAGUCUCCAAAGGAGGGAGUGUUCGUAAAAUACAACAGACUAUUGCAGACAGAUUGAAAUUGAAUGUUGAGAGCAUCUGCAGUGAUUAUCAUCUGCCGUUGAUACUGCGUAAUUCUCUGGAAAGGAAGAAGUAUCUUGUACUUUUAGAUGAAGUAUUUUCGGAAGUUGAUUUACGUGCUGUGGGAAUUCUUCGUAGUCAUGAGCAUGGAAAAAUUGUCUUGGCUACUAGAUACAGAUCCUUAUGUGAUUCGAUGGAUGUAGAUGAAGAUAUCAAAGUGGAGAGGAUGAGCAGAACAGAUGCUUGGAAACUCUUCCGAAAGAUUGCUGGUGAAGCAGUAGAGCAUCCAACUAUCAGGCCAAUAGCUGAACGAGUACUGAAAGAGUGUGGAGAACUGCCACAGUUGAUUAAAGUUGUGGCAAGGAUGCUUAAAAAUAAAUUUAGUGAAGACUUAUGGCUGAAGAUUUUGUCAAAGUUGCAAUCACCGUCAGAUCAUCAGCUGCAGCCCAUGGAAGAAAUGUUGAAUGUUUUCAGACUAGUGUAUGAUGGAUUAGGUGACAAUCUGAAGCAGUGCUUACUGUACGGAGCAUCAUUCCCUGAAGACCAUGAGAUUUGCCAACAUUAUUUAAUAGAGUGCUGGAAAGCCGAAGGUUUGAUUGCUAAGACACACAUGUUUUCAAAGGCACGUCAUGAAGGACGGAUUUUACUGGAAACUCUCAUAGAAAAACACCUUUUUGACAGGUGUAAGAAGGAGUUUGUGAAAAUGCCUCUCAUAUUCCGUAAAAUGGCACUCAAGUUAGCCGAUAUAGAUACUAAUUGGUUAUUGCUGGUAAGGCCUGAUGAAAAGCUAGGGUAUCCUCCAGUUGAACAAUGGAGAUGUGCCCGAGUAAUUUCUCUGAUCCGCAAUAACCUACAGUGCUUACCUGAAAAACCUGAAUGCUAUACACUCUCUACAUUGUUCCUCCAGCAAAAUCAAAUGCUAACCAGUAUUCCACCAUCAUUCUUCCACUUCAUGCCUUGCCUCAAAGUUUUGGACUUGUGUGGUACAGGGAUCACUUCAUUGCCAAAUUCUAUUACCGAUUUAACCAACUUAAGGGGGCUGUAUCUUAAUAAUUGUCAACAAUUGGUAGCAUUACCCAAAGAAGUUGGUGAACUCAAAAAUCUCGAAGUACUUGAGAUAUGUCAAACUGGUCUUUGUAGUUUGCCUUCUGAUAUUGGAGAAUUGACUCAACUUCAGUGCUUGAAAGUCUCCUUUAUGAGUUCUAUGAAUCAAGAAACUCCUGACAUGGACUUGAUCCCUUCUGGUAUGGUAAAGAAGCUUUGCUUAUUGCAGGAAUUAGCAAUUGAUGUUGAUCCUCUCGAUACAAGGUGGAAUCAAAUAGCAAUUAUAAUUGCUAAAGAGGUAGCAACACUGUCGAUGCUGAAUAAUCUUUCUUUCCACUUUCCUAGCUUGAAAUGCUUGGAAGCUUUUAUUGCUAACAGCAAUUCCUGGAACAGCAGCCAGUUUCCUCUUACAGAUGAGAAAUUUAGAUCCUUCCGGCUAACAGUUGGUGUCCAUGUGGUAAAUCAACUACAUCAGCUGGACAUCUCAAAAUGCCUGGCUAAACGACAUCUUAAAUAUUUUGAUGGUAAAGACAUUUCUAAUGCAAUCAAGGAUGUUCUUAAACGAGUUUGUGCAUUUGAGAUGGUUGGUCAUGAGAGUGUUAAAAAUUUGUCAGAUUUUGGAGUUGAAAACAUGGAGUGCCUCGAAAUUUGCAUCAUUGAAGAGUGUGAUAAAAUUGAAAAAAUUGUGGGUGUCGAUGCGCCUAUGGUUGUUUUGUAUCCCUGGCUGAAAGAGCUUCAUCUGUUGAAACUUCAGCAAUUUGAGACUCUCUGGGUGGGAUCAGUCUUGCCUGGAAGCUUUGCAAAGUUAAAUACUCUUACACUGUAUGAUUGUGCAUAUGUGAAAAGGCUGCUCUCCAUUGAAAUGACCAAGCAUCUCCGGGACCUGCAAUACUUGAGAAUUGAGAAAUGCUCUCAGCUUACUGAAAUAAUUGCAGCUGAGCAUCCAGAGCUUGCUUUGUCUCUGAUGGUGGACUCAUCUGGCACGCUUCCUUCCCUGAAAAAGCUGGAACUCAUUGGUUUACCAAGUCUUGUCAGUAUCUAUGGUGAGAGUUCCUUUGAGUGGCAGUCUCUUCAAAGAGUCGAAAUCAUUGCAUGCGAAAGGUUGACUGUUUUACCUUUCAGUGGUACAAAUGCAUUGCGAUUAAAAUCCAUUCACUGUGCUGAAGCUUGGUGGGAAGCACUAGUACUGCAGCAUGAAGUGAAAGCUCAGCUACAUGAAUUUUGCUGUUUCAUCUGAUGAUACACUAAGCUUAAGGGGCAUGGAAAUUUUUUGCAGUGGCUUCUGCCUUCAGAAGGUGGUUUUUUUUUUGGGAGCCUGGUGGGAUAGAAAAGACAUGGAAAAAAACAGGAGGUUUUUGGCAAAGAAGUUGAUAUUUUAAGCUUACAGAACCAAUACGAUAUGGUGUGACCAGAUAUCCUCGUUUCCCCCAUAUAUUUGGAUCCUGUUACCUCACCUUCCAAUCUGUACAUCAAAUGAGGAACAUAUAUAAAAAUGUUUACAUUACAUGAGACGCGAAAGAAAGAAAGGGGAUACCAUGCUGAUUCUUAAAUUAAAGGCAAGUUUGAUGACGUUCCAUUUGUUUCCUUGGUUUCAGGAUGCAGCUCCAAUCUUUGAAUCUCAGUUCCCAUACUCCGUACGAUGUAGGCAACCCUCUAUAUAACUCACAAGCGUAAGCAUACAAAUGCAAAUAGACAUAGGUGCAUGGGAUAGGACACGAGGAAGAGGAAGAUUAGCUAUUAGCUGGUAAUAAGUACUUUUUAACGCAAGAGUCCAUCAGUUUUGUGAGGGAUUCAGUAAGCUUGUUAAAGGCAAAAGCACGGGUGAGCUGGGUUCGUGACAUAUCAAGCACUUUUUGUUUGAAGUCAUUAAGCAUAUUGGUUGUAUGAACCAUCAGGCACUCUCUGAAGGCAUGUACAUCUUCUGGUGGGCAUUGGCCAUUCCGUAAUAUCUCAGAAUACUUGAUACUUUCUUCGUUGUUGAAUUUUUGAAUUUCUUCGGCUGCAUUGCUCAAGUUCAUCAAUACGUUUGAUCUCAAGCUCAAAAUUCGUACUGAUAAUAUAUGGGCUGCAUCUAAUCUUGCAAAUAGGCAGUUUCUAUCAGUGGUAAACGUCGCUGCUGCCCGAGCUACAUGAUUACUGCUUAGUACAAUUAGCACCACCAUAAACAUCUUAACCAAUAAUCAUCUGUUUGUUUCUUUUCUCGGCAGUUGCCCCCAUUUUAUGUACUGCUAUUACUUUUUUUUUUUUUUUUGAAGAAAUGUACUGGUAUUACUAUUUACUACAUUGUCUACAUACCAAUAUAUAUGGAUCAAAAUCCAAGGUGAACCUACAAUAAUUUUAUUUUAUUUAUUUAUUUAUUUAUUUAUUUUAAAUUUUGACGGACAAUAUUCUUCAUUCUUUCAUUAUAUUUUUGAUAUAGUCCAACGAGGUUUAACGUGGUUCCCAUUCCGAUACUUCGUAUUUCAUAUUAUUCAUUCUUAUAUUGCCUUCAUUAUCAAUGAUCAAUAUAUAUAUA